UAUUCCUCAUUCUUUUAAACAAACGUUAAAACCAUGCCGUUCAGUUGUCUCACAUUGCCGCUUUUUAUUAUCAAAAUUAGCAGCUUGAUGUUAUUCAUUGCAGCCUUCACCUUGAAAACUUGGGAUAUUGCAACUCUCUAUGGUCAAUUCAAUUCACAUUGUAUAGCCGGUUGGGAGAUAACGGAUAAAGUGGGUCCCCACUUGAUGCUGAUUAUGAUGUCUUGGAUGCCGGAUUUGGCGUUUAUAGUAUGCAUUGGAAUUGGCAUGGCCUUUGAAAAGUGUAAUAUGGGAACAGAUCCAGGGACCAUAGCUUAUAAUGUUAUAGUGGGCAUAAGUUGCCUGUGCUCCAUGUUCUAUAUAACGGCCAUUGAGGAUUGUGGAAAUGACGCCAUUCCCAUUGUGAAGGGUGUUGCUUUGCUAAGCGCUUUAGCUGGAGCAUUGCAUUUGAUCAAUGGUGCUGUAUGUCUUAUUUUUCUCCCACCAGAGGAAAGAAAGAUUCGAGCAAGGAGACCUCAAAACUCGGAGACAUCUUCAUUAGCAGCAUUGUAAAUUAGAAAAAUUGCACUAAAAUCUACCAUCUCCCUAAUGCUACUGAGAUUAUAUUGAGGCUAGCUAAAUUUAAAUGAUCCGUCUUUUAGCACUGGACUACAUGUUGUCAACA